CACGCUACAAAUGCUACGACCAAUCCGUCUAUCGUUUCGGGGCCGCCUGGUCGGACGAGCUCAAAGCCUGUCGGCGUCGUGGCGGAGGAUCAGCUCCACCGAACACGUGCUAUCCCGGGUCCGCUUGUCGCGAGGGAACGAGACCGGGCCGAGCAGCCACUGACGACGCUAUGUCCGAGGUUUGCCCGAACUCCACGGUUAAUCGGACGCUCCGCCCACGGACACAGCAAACGUGCUACCAGGAACCCCCGGAUGUCGAUGCAGGCUCGAGCCGCAGACAAGUUCGACCCCCGGGUAGACCCUCAGAGCCGUCAGACUGCUGUCCAGGCUUGCCGCGAGACCUCCGAUGUACAUUGGACAAGCUCUCUCGGCUCGACCGUAAAGCAGUAGAGGAGCUCUCUCCUUACUUUGAGCAGUUCUGCUAUUCGCAUCUUCAGUGCUAUGCAAAGCUGACGGCCGUCUUCCCGAUCCGUCGAGCGAAAUCAUUUUGCACACCGAUGCCAAGCCCCAUGUCCGCCAGCGUAGAGCCUCGCUGUCCGACAUCCCCGGUCUCCAGUCAAAGAAGCCACGGCUUGACCCGCCUAUCCCGUCCUCUCUCAUUAAGACGAGCAUUCCGGGGGACCGACCGAUGCACGAUAAUGUGGCCGAUGAUGCCUACCGGCGGAAAGUCUUGGAAGAGCCCAACAUAGACAGCAAGCGCGGCGCGGUCGAAGCCUGGUUUUGCACUAGCGAAAAAGCAGCACUUCUAGCCGAGUCUCGGUCUCCUGUGGACGCUCCGAUCAUUACCUAGGGCCAGCAGCCAUUCAAAUGGGCCGAGAAUGGCCGGUCGAUUGAGCAGUUUCUCCGGCGGAUGUGCUUCCUUGAACGGCUCGUACCCGUUCAAUUACCUUCUCGCAGCUCUAAAGAGGACU